UACAGAUAUCAGUUCUCUCAAAACGUAAAGUUUUCCAAAAUCGUACUAAAAAUGAUGCAAAUCAAGAUCUUUUUUACCCUCUUCGCUGUCCUGAUGUUGAUUGUUUUGGGGGCCAAUAACUGCGAUGCCGACUGCCUCUCCGGAAGAUAUAGGGGCUCUUGUCUCGUGUGGAACAUGAAAAAGUGUAGAGAUACUUGCAGGCAAGAAGGACGAACCGGAGGACAUUGCAGCACGAGUCUAAAAUGUUGGUGCGAAGGAUGCUAAAUUGGAUACCAACUAG